ACUACACCAUUAAUCGAUAUUAGUGACUACUUUUAAUGCCUGGAAGAGGAAAAGGAUAUUUAUUACUCUACAAUGACUCUACAAAUCUCGUCUCCAGAUUCUUGCAUAUAGAAUACUACUCCAACUACUAUUUACUCCAUACACAAAAAGAGGAUACAGGAACCACCGAGACCAACCAAGACCAACCAAGACCAUCAACACCACCAAGAUCACCCAAGACCAACCCAAGACACAAGACAAGGGAGACAUCCCCCUCGCCCGCACACAUACAGAUUAGAUUAAACUUUCUCAAAGCCCUACCGCAGACCGCAUACGCAUACCGACUUUCCAAAUUAGAUUUCGACGAAAACUACAGAGUACUCCGUACAUACUUCCAGAGGGUUCAUCUACAAGCAUAGUUUAGUAGCAUUUCCUUAAUUUAAGAACACGGGAAAACCAUCCUCUUGGGUUUCCUCUUCUCUCAACAUCUCCAUAUUAAAUUCUUUGAAGGGAUAACCACAGACCACAAGAAGACCAUAAUACCUCUUCUUCAAUCUUCAACUUUCACCCACAAAUCCACACUUCAUCCUUUCUGCGCGACACAUCUUUUCAUUGUCCCAAGAACUCCCAAGAACCUCCCAAGUGUCAAACACCAACACCAGCCGAAAUACCACAAACAUGGCGGAGAAGCCAGCAGUUCUCAUCAUCGGAGGUCUCGGGUACAUAGGUCGAUUUCUUGCAUUACACAUUCAUAAAAACAAUCUAGCAUCUGAAGUCCGGAUUGUGGAUAAAGUGCUACCACAAUUAGCAUGGCUGGCACCGGAGUUUGCAGAUGCUUGUUCGAAUGAUAAAUUCAUGCAAGCAGAUGCUAGUAAAGAGCGUAUGUUAAUACACACCACUUUCCCCCUUCAUGUCGUGUCUUCAUUCGUCUAACAUCUUACCUACGGCUCUUCAGAAUCACUACCGAGAAUAUUCGAUCGCGCGAAUGGGAAACAAUGGGAUUAUGUCUUCAACUGUGGAGGAGAGACACGAUACUCACAAGAGGAUGAAGUUUACAGGGUGCGCUCAUUGGCAUUGAGUAUUGCUGUAGGAAAAGAGGCUGCAAAGAGAGGCGUCAAAGCUUUCGUAGAGCUGAGUACGGGAAUGGUAUACAAAUCUGAUUCAACGCCCAGUAAAGAAGGGGAUAAGCUGAAGCCUUGGAGUAAAAUUGCGACUUUUAAAUUACAGGCUGAGGAGGAAUUGGCUAAGAUGGAGGGGUAAGUUUGAAUUCCUUAUCUGCACCUUUCGCCUGGCUGCGACGGCUACAUGAAGAGGUGUUUGGGAAGACACAUAUUGUUCUUUGUUCUUUUCACUAACAUCUAGUCUUACUUAGACUAAACCUCAUCAUUGUUCGUUUGGCACAUGUAUACGGCGAAUAUGCUUCACAAUUCGUUCCUACCGCCCUCACCAUGGCACGCAUUUAUCAACAUCUCGACGAAGAGAUGAAAUGGCUUUGGACGAAGGAUUUGCGCGUAAACACAGUCAACAUAAAUGAUACUUGCAAAGCGCUUUGGGCUGUUGCCGAUUGGUAUGCCUCUGGAAAGCCAAACUGGGACGUCAAAUCUAUGGGCAAGGUCCCUACUUUCAAUGUUGUGGACAAAGGGGAAACAUCCCAAGGAUCUAUCGCCGAACUCAUUGGCCAGAUUUUUGGCAUCAAAACUGGAUUUCAAGGACAAUUGGUUAGCACUUUCGCAAAGUUGAAUAUGGAUAGUGUUGUGGAUGAUGUCAACGAAGAGGUCCUUGGGCCCUGGGCGGAUCUUCUCGAGGAAGCGGGUAUUACAAGGCCAGGCCCUCUUACACCAUUCAUGGAGAAGGAAUUGUUGAAGGAUACCGAUUUGAGCAUGGAUGGGAGCAGAAUUGAGAAAGUGGUUGGGUUCAAAUAUGAUUACCCAAGACUUACAAAAGACUUGUUGCAGGGUAUGAUUGAUAGUUAUAUCAGGAUAGGCUGGUGGCCUGUUGCAAAAUAGACAGUCUAUCUUUUCCUCCUCAUCCUCAUCCUCAUAUCUUUCCUUCUUUUCCGUCUUUCUAUUCCAUCUCGUCACAGGAAAUAUAAGAUAUAAGAGAAAGAAAAGGGAAUAAACACAUCACAUCACUGUGUCGAAAUACGAACCAUAUACUCGGAAAACCCCCUGCUACCUACAUAGCACUCCUCUCACCAAAAUCCUUGAAACGAAGUAACGAUGAACGAGCAACGGAUUCGCAUGCGAAAACAUACCCACGAAAAGUCACAGUUACCAGAUUGCUUCAUACCCACUGUUCUAUGCAUCCUUGCUCUAUUGUUUCCUGCGCCCGUUUGCCUUCUUGCAUUCCUUCGUCAUCAUUUGAUAGCGAAUGGAAAAAGAUUAUUCUUCAUUGAUACCAUCUUUUGCAUUUACUUGCGUAUUUUCUUCUUAGUCUCAUACAUUAUUUCAUUUUUCAAUUUAUUUCAUUUUUUUCUCUAACUUGGUUUUGAAAUUAUUCUAUUCUAUUCUACAUCUACAAGAAGAAGAAGAAAAAAAAGAGGGAAAAGAGAAAAAUCUAACUUAACUACCUAACUUGUAUCUGUACGUACUUAUUAUUCAAUCAUGUAUAUGUAUACCAAAUAUUUUAUCGGCAAACUUGACUAGACUAGGUACUUGGUAUCCGCUUGUAAGAAUAUUAUGAAAAGGG